AUGGAUCUAACCAGUCUGUCACAACUGCAGACCGAAGCCGUCAAUCCUCGGACGGCGCAGAUCGAUCAGAUCUCAACCCUGGAGAUGUGCCGAUUGAUCAACGAAGAGGACCUCCGUGUCGCGCCUAGUGUGACACCGUGCCUCUCCGAAAUUGCCGCUGCCAUUGACGCGCUAACUCCCCGCGUGCGAAACGGUGGACGAGUCAUCUACGUGGGUGCAGGGACCAGUGGAAGACUCGGGAUCCUCGAUGCAUCCGAGAUUCCUCCCACGUUUGCUGCUCCCCCAUCGCAGUUCGUCGGGCUGAUUGCCGGCGGUGACGCUGCCAUUCGACGAGCGCAAGAAGGAGCCGAAGACAGUGUCGCUGCUGGUGAGGCAGAUAUGGAAGCUUUGAAGCUCAGCCCGGAUCUGGACAGCGUCAUCGGCAUAGCUGCGUCCGGCCGUACGCCAUAUGUCCUCGGAUGUUUGGCAUUCGCGAAAAAGACCGGCUGCCUCACCAUCGGUGUGGUUUGCGCUUCUCCCUCGGCAAUGGGGACGUCUGAAACAGUCGACUUCCUCAUUGCUCCUCUGCCAGGGCCGGAAGUUGUGACGGGCAGCACCCGGUUGAAGGCGGGAACGGCGACCAAGAUGGUACUGAAUAUGCUCAGCACUGGCAUCAUGAUCCGGACGGGCAAGACUUAUGGAAAUAUGAUGGUAGAUCUCGUGGCCUCCAAUCUGAAGCUGGAACAACGAUCGCGCAACAUUCUCCGAAGGCUGAGUGCCCGUUGUGGUGGUAUGACAGACGGACAACCGGUUGAACACUGCGAGGAGAGGUUGGCAUCUGCUGGUGGCGUGCUCGCCAAGGUUUUAGAGACGCCUUUGGCCAAGGUCACGAAUGCACAGACGCCUGCUACAAACAGACAAUAUGUACUCUGUAUUGAUGGCGGAGCUACCAAGUGUGCGGCCGUGAUUGCGGACCUGAAAGGCACCGUUGUCGGGCGAGGGACGACAGGUCCAUGUAAUCUGACUGAUGGCAAUGGCAUAGAGGACGCCGUUCGGACACUCAUGACUGCUACGAAAGACUCCUUGUCGGCCCUUUCUUCCUCAGAGUGCAAUCUCCAGUCGCUUUUCAAGUCAGUCUGGAUUGGUUUGGCGGGCAUUGACCGGAAGAAUUUCCGACAGUCCCUCCUGCCGAGGAUCUGCGCGAGCUUUGGAUUGACUGAGAAGGAGGUCCGACUGACAAACGACGUGGAUCUGCUGGUGGCCGCUGCGAGUCCCCACCGAGACUGUUCAUCUGCAGUCAUCGUCAUUGCUGGGACUGGGAGCGUCGCCAUGCGGUACAACCGAAGCGACAAUGGCAACGUGUACUCUCAAGUGGCUCGAUCCGGCGGCUGGGGACACAUCCUGGGUGAUGAAGGGGGCGGAUAUGCAAUCGGGCUGGAGGCUAUCAAAUAUGUAUUAGCCGUUCUCGAAGAGAUGAGACUCGGAAUACGCAUCGAGCCUCUCGAACGUUUGGUGCAAAGAGUACUUGAACGACUGGGAUGUGCCAUCUGCGGGCCAAAACAGAUUGAUCUUGUCAGUGAGAUCCUGGUUCAGCAGCACAAACAGACGAUCAAAACUCGGAUUGCAGGUGUUGCUGAAGUGGUGCUCAACAUGAACGGACGGGAUGACACUGCCUCAGCCAUUGUCGGUAGACAGAUUGACUAUUUGGCAAGUCGAACUGUAGGACGUUUGUUAGAUCCUGGUUGCGCUGGAUACGUCCCUGGAGAGUAUACUGGUCUGAUUCUUUCAGGCAGCAUCCUCAACAACCAAGCUUAUCAAGCCCAGUUUUUGGAUGUCCUUGAGAAGAAAGGGGUCAAGUUUGCCUAUGUCGAGAGGAUAUGCGAUGCAGGCCUGCUGGGCGCAAAACAUCUGACAUCGUCUUGA